CCACUACCACCACCACCAACACUGUUAUGGCCUUUCUAUGUCCAGUCAGAAUUAGGAGAAGCAAAAAGAAAAAAGAAAACGAUAAGAUACCGAUACCGCCGAGCAUUGGCCGGAUAACGGGCAGUGCGUCCAUCGAAACACUGGUACGGGUGGGCAUCGAGAAAGAGCACGGCCUGUCGCCCGACUCCAAAAUGGUAGUACUCCACGAUUUUCAGGCCUGUGUCGAUGAUGAACUGGAUGUACGUCGGGGACAGUUAGUCAAUGUACUCUACCAGGAAAACGACUGGGUCUAUGUAAUCGCAGCCGAAACCAAUACCGAAGGUUUUAUACCACAUUCGUACUGUGCGCCAGUUGACAGCCAUUUGGCCGGUAUGGCUGUCAAACAUAAGAAAAUACCCAGAAGUUUGGCCGGCGAUUACGAAUACGGCGAUCAGCUGUCAUCGACGGCCAAAAGUACGGCCAAUCAGUCGGAGUUCGAGUCAUAUCACGGUCAGCUACUGGCCAAUACCGGUUCGGUUAUCGGCAGCGGCAGCGGAACCAUUGGCGGUGGUGGUGGUGUUGCCGGUGGUGUCAUCGAAGUGCAUCCGUUUUUCAAGGAUCCGGCCGGUCGUUACAUAGUUUUAUAUACGUUUAUAGCCCGGGAUGAAAACGAUGUCAGUGUGGAAAGGGGCGAAUUUGUAACAGUGCUCAACAAGGAUGACCCGGACUGGUAUUGGAUUGUCAGGUGCGACGGACAGGAAGGUUUCAUACCGUCGGGUUUUGUUUGUUCAGCCGAUAUGAUACACAAUUUGGGUCAUACUAAUGCCGAAUCAAACUCCACGUCCACCUCAGCCACCAAUGGCACCAACAAUAAUAUUGUUAAUAAUGGUGUCGUCGUCACCAAUGGCUUGAUGAAUGGCGGCGGUGGUGGUGUUGGUGGCGGCGGCAAUGGAUCUACAACGGCCAGUGCUACCGGUGCCGGCACCGAACCGACAACUGUUGGCGGCGUCGGUGGCGGCGGCGCCAACAACACUGAAAUGCGGUUUCACGGCACCGAACUGGUCAUGUUAUACGACUAUAAGGCACAGGCCAGCGACGAUCUGUCCGUAAGGCGCGGCGAUUGGGUAUACGCCGACCUGAAUGCCCAGAAUGUGGACGGUUGGCUGUGGGCGUACGCACCGAAACUUCGUAAAUACGGUUUCAUACCGAAAGCCUAUGCCCGGCCACCAGCCAUGACAUCGCUAUAGAAGUAAUAAAAAA